UCCUGUGAUUGCAUUAUUAUCACUCCUGUCAGUCAAAAUCACGCACUGCCUAGUUAACAAUUCUUGAUAAAUAUAAAAAAUUCAACAAUAACUGGUUAUUAAUUCUCAUGAAACCACAAACCAUUUGUUAUAAACUAAGGUCGCGUAGAUUCGCAGUCGCAUCAACUCUUGCACACCUUGAAACAUACCGAGAUAAUGCGUUGAAGUUUUUUUUAUUCAUCAUUUCAACACUUCGUAGCAAUGUCAAACUUUUUAAACCGCCCUUACAUUCGAAUCAUCGAACAACCCCAAAAAUCGCUCCGUUUCCGGUACCAAUGCGAGAAGCGCACCGGGACCAUCCCCGGGGCGUCCAGCACCUCCACCAUCAGAACCCUAUGUGCCAUUCAAAUCGUGGGUUAUCAGGGCCGGAUCGCCGUGGUUGUUUCCUGCGUGACAAAAGAGGAGCCGUACAAACCUCACCCCCACAAACUCGUCGGAGAGCACUGCAAAAGGGGCGUUUGCUCCUUUGAGGCGGAAGUCACUCCAAACAACCCUGAUAUCACCUUCCGAAAACUAGGAGUGCAGUGUGUGAAAAAGAACGAACUCAAGGAGAGUCUCAGCGUGCGAGAAGAAAGCAAUAUUGACCCGUUUUCAACUGGAUUUUUGCACAAGGAUCAUUUAAAUUGCAUCGAUUUGAAUGUAGUCCGACUAUGUUUUCAAGUGUUUCUAAUCGACGAAAAUCGGCGGUUUACUCCGGUGAGUCCUCCGGUUGUGAGCGAUCCGAUUUACAACCGGAAGACUUUCCCGGAUCCGGAUAUUUUUCGGUUGUCCCAUUGUAACACAUGUGUGAAUGGUGGAAAAACCGAUAUUAUUCUUUUGUGUCCAAAGGUCGAUAAAGAUGAUAUCAGGAUACGAAUUUAUGAAGUGACAAAUGGUCAAACGACAUGGCAAGAGUUUGUAACUGGUGACCAAAUGCAAAUUUACAGCAGCACAGCUAUUUGUUUCAAACCUCCACCUUACAAAAACUUAAAUAUUGUCGAUCCCGCCCCUGUUUUUAUGCAAUUAAUAAGACCCUCAGAUGGGGUCGUGAGUAAAUCAGUGCAAUUUGAAUACUUGCCUCUAGAUGCAGAUCCGGGGUUUUUGAAAGAAAAACGGAAAAAAUGCCAGGACAUGUUACCACUUUUUGCACAAUUAUUGGAUGAUCCUGGCCCAAGUCACGCAAUGUCUUUUGAAAACUUACCAAAUUUUUCAAGUGGUGACAUUAAUAUUGAAAGUGCAAGUGGUAUAAGCAAAUUACUGAAUAUUGAUUGUCAUCAAAUUGAACUCGAACCAAUUAAUAUCAGUUCCGGUGAUUUAGAAAUGUUUGAUGUAAAUAAAUUAUCAGGUAAUUUGCAAGAGAAUUUGUCACUGAGUGAUGUACUAGUUUAACGGAAUA